UGAUCAGUGUGUGUGCAGCGCUGCUUGAAAUACAACAAGCCUGAUAACAGCUUUCACUUGCUGUUUAGACGCCUGGAGUUGGAUAGAAGACACACAAAGAAAUAAGCAGAUGGAUAAGUAUCGCAGACUCUCAGACGCCAGUGGUGUCAGCAUUUCCUCAGAUCAGAGCAUGGAUGUUUCUCCUGGCAUGAUCAAAGUGCUAAAAGAACAUGGAUACACCAUAGAGGAAGAGCUUGGACGAGGAGCUUCAGGAAUGGCGUUUCUGGUGAAAGAUGCAGAUGGAGAUCCUUAUGUGGUCAAACAGAUGAACUCCAGAGAUGGUGAGGAACUGAAUUCUGUCAAAAAGGAAGUCGAGAUCCUGAAAACGCUGCAGUUUGGAUACAUUGUUACUUAUGUGGAUUCAUUUGAAGAAAAAGAAGCGGGACGCAUUUAUAUUGUGAUGGAGUAUUGUGAAGGAGGUGACCUUUCAAAACUCAUGGGCAAACAGAAAGAUGAACGUUUUUUUGAAGAAAAACAGAUCCUUGACUGGCUGGUUCAGAUUUGCCUGGCUCUGCAGUAUCUACAUAAGAAGAAAAUUCUUCAUCGAGAUAUUAAACCACAGAAUGUCUUCCUGACUGAAGAUGGUUACAUCAAUCUAGGAGAUUUUGGAAGCUCAAAAGCAUUGAAAAGAGCUGAUGAAUAUGCUAAUUCAGUUGUGGGUACAAACCUCUACAUCAGCCCAGAAGUUCAUCAGAGGAAAUAUAAUUCCAAGAGUGACAUAUGGUCAUUGGGAUGGUUGCUCCAUGAUCUCUGCAUGCUUGAUGUGUGGGCAGAUGGCAUGAAGCGUCACAUAUGUCACGCUGUCAGCCUGGCAGGAAACCUCCCUCACAUCUCAGAGAGAUACUCCGAGGAACUACAGGAUUUAAUCAGACAAACGCUCAGCCGUGACCCUAAAGACAGACCUUCAGCUGAAGAGAUUCUGGCAAAACCGUUCCUGACAGAUGCAGUAGACAGAAACAGCAGAACACCAGAGGUACUGCUACAGACUUUCAUGAAGUCCAUCAGUGCCUUCGAUAAGGCUUACAACAAGCACUAUAAAGACUUUGAGGUCUUAGUUAAUGAGUGGGAAAGAAUAACAGAUUCAAUGGAGUCUGCGCAUUACAGCGCCACAGCGGGGAGUCUGUCCGGGUCAGUGAUCGGAGCAGCUGGAGGAAUCACUGCAUUAGUUGGUUUAAUCUUGACACCGUUUACUCUUGGGGCGUCUCUGAUUGUUACCGGUGUCGGUGUUGGAGUAGGAGUUGCAGGUGGAGUAACAGGUGCUGCAUCCACCAUUACAAAUACUGUACAACAAAAAGCAUUCAGAGGGAGCCUUGAAAAAAUUCAGCAGAAGUAUGAAUCUGUAAGCGAACCAAUUAUCACACCACUGAACACGCUGAGAAAGGUACUGAGAAGAAUCACAAAGUUCAGUGUUUUUUUCGGCAACACAAGUUUUGACAAUGUCCAAAUAUCAUGCAAUUUAGACAGGGGAAAUAUUUUGUGUGCCUCCCAACUCCUGAAUCUAGGUCUGUUGGCAAAUGUUAGCAGAAUUGCUACUCAGACUGCAAGGGUAGGACGAGUUGUGGCAGAAGCAGUGUCAGGAGUAUUAAGUGGACUACUAGUCAUCCUUGAUGUCGCCUUCAUAGUGAUGGAUUCUGUAGACAUUCACCAGAUGAGACAGGGAAAAGUAGAUGAUCCAGAAAAGGUCAAAUCCAGUGUACUCAAAUCCAUUGCAGAGAUGAGGAGAACACAUAACGAGCUUUGCGAUGUCCAGAAGGAAAUACAAAAAACAAGAGAGGAACUAAAAGACUAUAUAGAAUUGACCAGGGUUGACGGAGAGAUAGACAAUGAUUUAAACAGUUUAAACAUAUAGAUAUGAUUCCAGCCGGAGAAUCGGGCAACAUCCUACUGAUUUAUACAUGGGCAUGAGUCAAGGGGGAAAACAUUGUCUUUUUAGAAAUAAACAUUUAAUAUGUUGCUCUGGAACAACAAGAAUUGUGAUUGUAUCAAAUCAAGUCAACUUUAAAUACAUAUAGCUUUUUUUUAUAAUAUAGAUUUUCAAAGCAGCUUUACAGUGAUAGCAGAAAAAUUAUGCUUCAGAGUUUGUUUCCACUGUACAACAGCUCUAGAAAAUAGUGUCAUUGUUCAGCUUAAGUCAGUUGAUUCAUUUCUGUAUUAAAUAUCAUUAGUUUAUCAAUCUGUAACAGCUUUCCAUUAAGCCGCUGUGGUAUUGGCAAUAGGAGUGAGCAAGUAAUUUACUCGUAUAAACUCCAUGAACUGUCUUUAUGUCUUUAUUUAUUGUGCUCUAAUUGAUACAUGUUGCUUCCAAUUAGCUUCUUGUGCUGUUUCAUUCUUUGUUGUUCAAACAUACUAAUCCAUACCUUGCAGAUACAGCGCACACACAUUGUCCAUAUUCCAUUUGUCCUUGAAUAUCACUCUUUAUCAGCGAGCAUGGUUAAGCACCAUUAAACUCAGGUCAGCAUGGUAUUCCACAUAGUACAUCGCUUAACACGGUCAAAAAACUGUGUGCUUCCCCACUACCAAUACACCUGUAUCUCAUUACCCAUGUGGUCCUCAUAUAUCAAUGUCAGAGUGCCCCUAGUGGACAAAACUAUAAUUGCAUUAGAUUGGCUCCUACACAAUCAUUUAGUUAAUUUAUCUAUAUAUAGGUGCUCUGGAGAAAACAGUGAUGUCAUUGUCCAGCUCAUUUCAGUUAAACAAUCUAUAAAAGAUGUCCCCAACCUUGGGGUUCUAUAUAGUAACAAUAUAUCCAUCAUACAUGUUUUCUAAUAAAUAAACGUGGAUUACUAUU